AUGCCUAUUCGUGCCCUGUGCACCAUCUGCUCCGACUUCUUUGAUCACUCCCGCGACGUGGCCGCCAUCCAUUGCGGCCACACCUUCCACUCGCAGUGCCUAAUUCAGUGGUUUGAGACAGCACCAAGUCGGACCUGCCCACAGUGCCGAAUCCAGGUUGGCAAAAGAACCAUUAUCAAUAAGCUCUACUUUGACCUUGCCCAGGAGGAGGAGAAUGUCUUAGAUGCAGAAUUCUUAAAGAAUGAACUGGAUAAUACCAGAGCCCUGCUUUCCCAGAAAGAGAAGGAAAAACGAGACAGCCAGCUCAUCAUCGACUCUCUGCGGGACACACUGGACGAGCGCAACGCCACUGUGGAGUUCCUGCAGAGGGCCGUGGACAAGGCCGAGAUGCUGUGCUGCACCCUCAAGAAGCAGAUGAAGUACUUGGAGCAGCAGCAGGAUGAGGCCAAGCAAGCUCGGGAGGAGGCCCGCCGACUCCGGAGCAAGAUGAAGAGCAUGGAGCGAAUUGAGCUCCUACUCCAGAGCCAGCGGCCCGAGGUGGAGGAGAUGAUCCGAGACAUGGGUGUGGGACAGUCCGCGGUGGAGCAGUUGGCUGUGUACUGCGUGUCCCUCAAGAAAGAGUACGAGAAUCUAAAAGAGGCACGGAAGGCCUCAGGGGAGCUAGCUGACAAACUGAAGAAGGACUUGCUUUCUUCCAGAAGCAAGUUGCAGACAGUCUCCUCUGAACUGGACCAGGCCAAGUUGGAGCUGAGGUCGUCUCAGAAGGACUUAGAGAGUGCUGACAAGGAAAUUGCGAGCCUGAAAAAAAAGCUGACGAUACUGCAGGAAACCCUGAAGCUGCCACCAGGAGACAGUGAAACUAUCAACCGCCUCGUUUUAGAGAGCCCAGCUCCUGUGGAGAUGCUGAGCCUGAAGCUUCGCCGGCCAGCCUUUGGCGAUGACAUUGACCUCAAUGCCACCUUUAAUGUGGACACUCCCCCAAGCCAGCCCUCCAGCACCCAGCAUGGCCUUGCCAAGAGGCUGUUCCCUGAGAAGGCACAUUCUCCUGUUCAGGAUGUUCCCAAGAAGAUGCCCAAAGGCCCCAGGCAGGAGUCCCAGCUCUCGCUGGGGGGCCAGUGCUGUCUGGGGGAGCCUGACGAGGAGCUGGCUGGCGCAUUCCCUGUCUUCAUCCGGAAUGCUGUCCUGGGCCACAAACAGACCAAGAGGGUCAGGGCAGAGCCCUGCCGCAGCACAGAUGCAGUAAGGAUAGGCUUUGAUGGACUUGGAGGCCGAACAAAAUUCAUCCAGCCUACCGACACAACUAUGAUCCGCCCACUGCCGGUUAAACCAAAGCCCAAGGCCAGGGCUAGGCAGAAACUGGGGGCCAAGGCAGUGCCCACACCUUCCCAGGCCACGCUGGACAAUUUCCUGUGGUAG